CUGUUUGUUUCUCUAAUGGACUUACUACUGCUGUGUGCUGCCUCUUGUCCCGCGUGCACCAACCUCUGUGUGACUUGUCUAACUCUCCAGGUGUGGCAGCUGUCUGAGAGAACCAGCAUCAAUGUGUGCUCACAGCUGGACUGGAAGCGCUGCGUGGCCAUCCACCUCUGGUACCUCCUGCCUCCAACAGCUUCUAUCUCCCAGGCACUUGCCAUGUACGAGGCAGCAUUUCAGACCACGUCAGAGUCUGAGAAAUACGCCUGCUGCCCCCUGCCUCCUUACCUGGAAGGCUCUGGUUGUGUGAUUGAAGAAGAUGAUAAUGCAGGAAGGCCUCUCAGAGAUGUCUGUUUCCAUUUGUUAAAGCUCUACAGCGACAGGCACUACGAUCUGGACCAGCUGCUGGAUCCCAGGAGCAUCACAUCUGACCCCGUGGACUAUCGGCUCAGCUGGCACCUGUGGGAGGUGCUCCGUGCCCUCAAUUACAGCCACCUGUGCAGGCAGGGGCAGGGCGUGCUGAACGCCAGCUAUGCUGCCCAGCUGGAGAGCGAGGGCCUGUGGGAGUGGGCUGUGUUUGUGGUGCUGCAUGAGCCCAAUAGCCACGUACGUGAGAAGGCCGUGCGUGAGCUGCUGGGCCGGCACUGCGCUCUGUGUGAGACCCCCGAGUCCUGGGCCAAGGAGACCUUCCUGACACAGCGCCUCUGCGUCCCUGCAGAGUGGAUUCACGAAGCAAAGGCUGUUCGAGCCCGGAUGGAGGGCGACAAGCAUAAAGAAGCCCUGUUCCUGUUCAAGGCCGGGCACUGGAACCAGUGCCACAAGUUGGUUGUGCGGCACCUCGCGUCAGACGCCAUUAUUAACGAAAACUACAAAUACCUGAAAGGGUUCCUGGAAGAUCUCUCACCUCCGGAGCGCAGCGCCCUCAUCCAGGACUGGGAGCUGGCAGGGCUGGUCUACCUGGACUACAUCCGUGUCAUUGAGAUGGUGGAUAGGAUUCAGCAGGUAACACGCUGUGAUGAGCUGUUUUUUUUUCCUAAGGGGUUUCCUGCAGUUCAGACAGAACCUCAUUCUUAGAGUAACCUUACACCAUGCUGAUGUUGGUGUAUGUCCUACAGGUGUGAGCACCUCGGAAAGUACAGAGCUGGUAGGUGAUGUCAAACAAGGUGUGCUCUGCCCUGGCAGCACAUGAGAGCUUAGUGAAAGAGGAGGAGCAGAGGGAGGUGCUCAGUGAGGAGCCUGCAUGUCACAAAACCAUAGAAUGGCCUGGGUUGGAAGGGAGCUCAAGGA